AUGAUCCACAGGGUGCCUCUGAACACUUUUCCGCUCUUGAUGGUUUUCAAGGAAAUGAUGAGUCUCUGGAUAAUACUGCUUCUGAGGUCUGGGAACUUCUCAACCACUUGCUUGACAAACGUGAUCACCUCAGAAGCGGCAGUGGUGUUGAGCUCUGGAAUGAAGUCUAGAAUCAGAUCAACAACACUGGCUGCCACCUCGUGGAACUGGAUGGCGCAUGUGUGGAUGGCCGAGAUCAAUAGCUGUCUGUACUCGGUACUCUUUUCUUCGUUGGAAGUGGUUGUCUUUUGCAGCUCUUUCUUGAGCAGCUUGACAACGUCGUCCACGUUCUUGCUUGACACCAGCGACAAUGUCAAUUCGAUAGCCUUCUCUCUGACAUCGAGCGAAGGCGAGGAAAGAACUCUCAGAAUGUCGAGACACAUGUCAUGCAAGAGAUCCUCGUUCUUGCGGUGGAGCUCGUCGACAAUCUCCAGAGCAAUGAGCUUGACGUUGUUGUCUGGCUCCUUGACGGCCAGCUCGAUGAACUUGGAAGCAGCACUGGUGACGGCGACCUGGGAGUUAGACAAAACACUCAACGUGGAGGCGGCCUCGUAG